CAUUGUUCUACACACAAACUGUCCUGCUGCCCACUUGCAAGACUUGUGGAUUUCUUUCACAUCUUCCUGGAGUCGUCUCUCCCGCAUAAGGCAAGGUUUAAAUUUCCCACUGUACCUGAAGUGACUGAGUUGUGGCAUCAUGAAAGGCUACAUGGCUUUGGUCUUCUGUGCAGCAGCCCUGACUGCACGUAUCAUCACUACAGAUGCCAAAGAGUAUUCCAUCACCACUAUAAAGGAAGACCCGUAUGCCAUGAGCCGAGGUUCUGAGCUGGAGGGCUACUGCAUCGACCUGAUCUCUGCACUUGCCAAGAAUGUGGGAUUCGCAUACAAAGUGCACCUGGUGAAAGACGGCCGCUAUGGAGCUGUGGACUCCAACGGCAACUGGAGUGGCAUGAUUGGCGAGGUCAUCAGAGGGGAGGCAGACCUUGCUGUGGCCCCACUGACCGUCACUGCGACCAGAGAGCACGUUGUAGACAUGACCACCCCUUUCAUGCAAACAGGAAUAAGCUUCAUUCUGCACAAAGACUUGGCUUCUAAAGAGACCACCUUCAGCCUGCUGUCACCAUUCUCCACUGACAUGUGGGUCGGUAUCCUCAUUGCAUUCCUGCUAACAGGUCUCUGCAUAUUCCUGGUGGGCCGGAUCAGUCCCACUGAAUGGUCUGAGCCAGACACAGAGGAGCACAGCUUCACAUUACUGCACAGCUUCUGGUACAUCACGGGAGCUCUCACCCUGCAAGGUGCCGGUCCUCACCCUAAAGCGUUGUCUGGACGGCUAGUCAGCGCCAUCUGGUGGUUGUUUGCUGUACUGCUGCUGGCCUGCUACUUUAGCAACUUCAGCUCCACGUUGCACUCCAACAACAAACAUGUCUCCAUUAAGAGCUUUGAAGACCUUGCUAACCAGGAUUUGAUCGAUUAUGGCACAGUCGAGGGUGGAUCCACCAUGAGUUUCUUUAAGUAUUCCAACAAUCCUGUGUACCGGCGUAUCUAUGAGCAGAUGGAGCGUAAGAAGAGCUACGCGUCCAGCAUGGAAGAAGGUGUUCGCCGCACCUUAGAGCGAAACUAUGUCUUCAUUGGUGAAGCAGUGUCCUUGGACCUGGCAGCAGCUCGCUACUGUAAACUAAUCCGUUCACAGGAGGUCGUUGCCAUGAGAGCCUACGCUAUCGCAGCACCUCGGGGUUCUCCGCUGCUCAAAAGUCUAUCCAUAGCCAUCCUCCAGCUCAGUGAGUCCGGUGAGCUGACGUACCUGUGGAACAAGUGGUGGGCCAGCAGUUGCAUAGGUGCUGUCAAUGCCAACACUUCCCACGCCCUUCAGCCCCAUGACCUGCGGAGCCUCUUCCUCCUCCUGGGCCUGGGACUGGGUGUUGGGCUCCUACUGGCCCUGCUUGAGCUUAUAUUUAAGGCUCGCAACCAAGCUAAGGAUGGCAAGAAAUCGUGCUGCUCUGUGUUGACAUCAGAGUUGAACCGGCGAUUUGGCAGCAGGGGGGAGAGCGCAGAGCAAGACUGCUCGGACAAAAACAAAGCCUGAAAGAAAAGUUUACGCAUUAAGGUAGCAUCAGAGAUGAGAAUAAACUGAUCGGGCCUCUUUCCUGUUUCAUUAUACACAUUAGCUUUCUGUGUUUCCAUGGUAACAGCCAUGUGUCAUGUGGUCAUUGUUUGUUUUGUACUUUUUGUACUAAAGAUUGGGGACCACACUGAAUGUGUCAGCUGGCAUAAUAAGCAACAAACUGAGGGACUUAGAGCUUCAACAUGCAAAUACUAAUCACUCCGAUAUGUUUACUGGUCAGUGUUGUUCUAUGUCCCACCGUCCUACUAACUGACAUAUACUGCUUUUCGAACUUUAAUAGGUAUGUAACAUUUUGCAGUUGUUUGUAUGUUCCAAAUAAAUCUCCCAAUAUCCCGAA